UUCUUUUAGCCAGCUGCAGGAUGGCAGGGAAGGUGGGGGAAGAGAAGGAAGACUACACCAAGGAUGGAACUGUUGAUCUCAAGGGCAGGCCAGUCCUCAGAUCACAGACUGGGAGGUGGAGAGCUUGUUCCUUUAUUGUUGGGUACGAAGUGUUUGAGAGGAUGGCAUACUAUGGAAUCACAACAAAUUUGGUGGUGUACUUGACCAAUAAACUUCACGAGGACACAGUGAAAUCAUCCAACAAUGUCACCAACUGGGUGGGCACUGUUUGGCUGAUGCCUUUGUUGGGUGCUUAUAUUGCAGAUGCCCAUCUUGGCCGCUACAGGACUUUCAUCAUUUCAUCCAUUAUUUACCUUGUGGGAAUGUGCUUAUUGACACUGGCAGUCUCAGUGCCGGCCUUGAGACCACCGUCGUGUGGGCAUGGGGUGGUGGAUUGCGAAAAGCGAGCCUCCAAGCUACAACUUGGCGUUUUCUUUUGCGCCUUGUACAUAAUAGCACUGGGGACGGGUGGUACCAAGCCCAACAUCUCCACCAUGGGGGCUGACCAGUUUGACGACUUUGAGCCCAAGGAGAGGGCUCAGAAGCUCUCAUUCUUCAACUGGUGGAUGUUUAGUAUUUUCUUUGGGACCCUCUUCGCCAACACCUUCUUAGUGUACAUACAGGACAAUGUGGGUUGGGCUGUGGGCUACAGCCUACCAACAGUGGGUCUUGCCAUCUCCAUACUGGUGUUCAUCGUGGGCACACCCUACUAUAGGCACAAGACCCCUUCUGGGAGCCCUUUGACUAAGAUGGCUAAGGUGUUGGUGGCCGCAAGUAAGAAGUGGAAGGUGGUCGUCCCAAAUGACCCGAAAGAGCUCCAGGAGCUCAGCUUGGAGGAAUAUUCCAUCUCCGUCAAGUACAGAAUCGACUCUACCCCCUCGUUAAGAUUUCUUGACAAGGCCGCAGUGAAGAGUGGAUCGAGCUCGCCAUGGAGCCUAUGCCCAGUGACCCAAGUGGAAGAAACCAAGCAAAUGCUGAAAAUGCUCCCAAUUCUGGUUGCCACCUUCUUCCCCAGCACCAUGCUCGCGCAAACACACACCCUCUUCAAUGUCUUCAUCAAGCAAGGCACGACACUUGAAAGAAGCACGGGUCCCCCCUUCGAAAUCCUGCCUGCUUGUCUCACUGCCUUCCUCACCAUGAUCUUCAUGCUCAUCACCAUCGUCGUCUACGAUCGGUUCUUCGUGCCGGCGAUCUGCCGGUACACGAAGAACCCUAGAGGGAUCACGCUGCUGCAGAGGCUAGGAAUUAGGAUGGCAUUGCACGUCGUCGUAAUGCUCACCUCCUUCUUGGCGGAGAGGAAGAGGCUGAGCGUUGCUAGGGCAAAUGGGAUCACCGAGAAACACCAGAUUGUGCUGCUGAGCAUCUUCAUCUUGCCGCCUCAGUUCGCCGUGACGGGGGUGGUCGAUAACUUCGCGGAGGUGGCGAAGCUGGAGUUCUUCUACGACCAAGCGCCGGAGGAAAUGAAAGCCUCGGCACCGCCUAUUUCACCACCAGCGUGGGAGGGGUAAUUCACACCAAAAUCACAAAAUUUUGAUGUCUUUUAUAAUUUAAUAACUAAACUUCAAUUAAUCGUAAAGUGAUCACAUUUAAGAAUUUUUGACAUGUUUUCGUCGAAGUUGCUGAUGUGUUGAUGACGUGGCACUGAUAUGUUGAUGGUAUGGCACUGAUGUGUCAGCAAGAGCAUGUCAAAAAAUCUUAAAUGUGAUCAC